GUGCGUCUCUAAUAUAAUAAAAACGAAAACACCAAUGCAGGCUACAAAUUCUUUUCGUUAGGUUAGACCACAGAAAAAGACAUUACACACUAAAAAAUGCAUAAUGAGCAGCUCUAUUGCAAAUCGAUCAGGUAAAAUAUACACAACAAUGACUUGUGAUUUUAAAUUGUGUCGACCUAAUUAGACUGUUUCAUAUUAAGUAUAGUCUAGAUGAUAUCUUUUAAUAAGCAGAAUGUCACAUAUAACCUUCUCGGAAGCAUACAAUCUCAUGAAAAAGAAAGAAGAAAGGGAAUACCAAACAAGAACGAAAAGAGCAGAAAAAUUGUCCUACAUCAGCUCGCAAGAGGAACUAGAAGCUAUCAUGCACAAAGUGAAAACUAUAUUAGAAGACAACUCUCUCACAGCGCUAAAAAGCAUUAAAGCUCUUCUAUCCACCAUUACAGAGUCCUUUGCCUAUCACGUAGGUAUAUGGCGAGACCAGCACAACCUCAAUAUACUACACUAUGCUAUUAUCAACAACAAACCGGAGAUCAUUAACUACUUGCUUGCAGAUACUUCAUUUUUCCCCAAAUCACACAUGCCAUUUCAGAAUCCUUACGGGCACUUGGCUGCUCUGCUGGGACACAAGGAAUGUUUGCGCGUUAUUUUACAGUUCAGACCUGGAGAUUUCUUCAAAAUCACACAAUCGUCACAGUUUCUAAAGCUGCCUGAAGAGUACUACAGGCGGUUAAAGAUCAAAGAGUCAGUGAAGAACAAUUUUUUAGACAAAAUAAAAUCAUAUUCAGAAAGUAACGAGGAGACGAAAUUAGCACGGAACGAUGUAGAGACUUUAAUGGCUAUGAUAGAAGAAGAGAAACAUGACAAAAAAUACAAACAUUCAUUAACAAAGAAAUUUCGUCCAGUGAGCGAAAAAAAAACUCCCAUUAAUGAUACCCCUAGCUCCAGCGCGCCAAUAAGCAAAUAUCGAAAAUCGAUCACAAAAAGUAUUCCCAAAACAGGUGAACGGAAGUUAAGCACAGUCUUGAUCGCCCCAGCCAAUCAGGACGAGUCAAAGUCAAUGUUCCAGAUUGAACGUAUACAAUCACAGCCAAAACUCAAACUGGAAAGUCGCACGAAUGCUACAAUAGACCUCAGAGAUAGUACGAAAGUGAACAGCCACUUGAUCACUAUAUACCGCAAUCUUUUUACAGAGGAUGGCCCAGGAAUCCUUAAUGGUGCUGCAAUGCCUGCUACAGUCAACUUUAUGGACACGCCUAAAGCAAUGCGCGCGCAAGAUUUUAAUUAUCAAAGCACGUUUCGGAAUAAUAUAUUUAGCGAACAAAAGAAUGCGGAGUCAGCAUACAGGCAUAAAUGGGACAGCACAUCAACAAAGAAGGAUUCCACGGAUCACAUGAGAAUCAGUAAGAAGCUCAGUUUUACUAAACCAUCUAACUCUAAUUUAGGCGAACCCUCCAAGGCUUGGAUCAAAAAUGAAAGAAUAGAUAUUGGCGUCAGAGGUAAGAAAAAAUAUAAAGAGUUUCGAAUUAAGAUUGAUCAUCGUGAAGUCAAAGAGAAAGAUGACGCGUAUCGUUCCAUGAACAAAACUCCAUUGACGAUCGCUGCCGAGCGCGGUCACCUAGAAUGUGUUCAGUUUCUACUUGAUCAAGUCAUUCUGAAAUCGAACCCAAUGAUAGCCACGAAGGAGCCACUAACUCUAGCGACCAAAGCCCGUAGUCCAGAAGCUAUAAUACUUCUGGUUCAAAAGAAAAUGUCGCGAUGGGACUAUCAGAGCGCUGUCCUGGUGGCAAUACGCGAGCUGUACCCGGACUGUCUGACAGCACUGUUGACCAUCAGCGGCAAGGAAAGAGCAACAUUGUUUGAUGGAGUCAAUCUUUUCCACGUCUUGUACUCUCAGAGCCUUCUGUCCAACUAUAGAUACGAGUUAAUGCCGGAGAUGACUCGCGUGCUACUGAGCUGCAAGGAAAAUGUGAACGCUCACAACAUACCCAGGACGUUCCCCAUGUACACUCUCAUCAGCUGUGCAUUUAAUAUUUCCCAAAUGAAGCAGAUCUAUUACUACCUCGAAUGUCUUACCAUUCUCCUCGAAGCCAAAGCCAAUCCACAUUACAGCGAAGAGAGGGCAGAAAAAGAUUUCGCCAAGAAUUCGGGCCUGUCAUUUACCCGCAAGUCCUUCUCUUCCGCUAUCAGCUGCAUUUUAGAGAGCGCCAAGGGCUCGCUUGAUUACUUUGAAAAACCUUAUUUCUCAAAGAUGUUUGUGAAGAAGUUUAUCACCACUAUAGAGACAUUUGAUAAAACAAAGAGGAUGAUACUGAAUGAUGUUCUGUUUGACUACGUCAAGUACAGCAAUAUAUUCGGCUUAGACAAAAGUAUUAUCAAAUCACUUAUGAGAUAUGGCGCGAAUCCAGACUCCAAGCGAGCGGGAAAAUACGCAGUGAAUGCUUACUUUGAUAUCAUCCUUCCCUAUUUGACCAAGUUUGAAGUGAUCAACUCAUACGACCACUAUCAAAAAGAACUGGUUGAUGUGAUGUAUAUUUGCCGCUACAUGUCUCCCAAAUGUCUGAACGAGGCGCUCAAAGUGUUUCUAGAAGAGCAUUUGCUCGUGUCCCCUAUUCAAGCAUUGCCUGUCUGUCGUUAUUUCUCGUAUCUCAUCAACGAAAUGGUACGUUCGCCCCGCAGUCUGCUAGAGAUGACAUCACAACAGAUAUGGUUGUGUGUAGGCCGUAACAAAAUAAGGGCUAAAAGUCUGUCACUCUCAGACGAACUAUUGACAAUUAUAAUUCCAUAAAAUCUGUAGUACAAUACAUUAGCUGUUGUUUUAUCUUCCUGCCAUUACAAUUAGUAGUUAUUCUAAGUGAAGAUACUUUCACAGUUUGUGCCUAACACUGAACAUCUCGUACUAAAGAUAAAUGAUUA